AUGGCAUCUAAUCGUCGUAUUCUCAAUGCUAUUCAGUUAUUCAUACCAAUUCAGAUAUUUAUUGGUUACUGUUUUUGUGUUAGUGGUUUUCUUGUGAAUUUUAUUCAACUUCUUUCAAAAAUAAUCAUCUGGCCAUUUCAUAAACAACUCUAUCGUCGAAUUAAUUAUUAUUUAGGAACAUUAUUAUGGAGUCAAUUAACUUUUAUUUAUACAUGGUGGGCCGAUUCGGAUGUAACUGUUUUUGUUGAUCCAAAAGAUCUUGAAUAUUUAAAACAUGAAUAUGCCCUCAAUCUUGUCAAUCAUCGAUAUGAAAUUGAUUGGCUUGUUGGAUUAGUAACUGCUCAAAAACUUGGUAUACUUGGAGGUUCAAAAAUAGUUGGUAAAAGUUCACUUAGUUUAAUUCCAAUUGUUGGUUGGUCAUGGUAUUUUACUGAAUCGAUUUUUUUACGUCGUGUAUGGGAAAGUGAUAAGAGAAUUCUUGAACAUGAUAUUCAACAACUUAUUAGUGGUUAUCCUGAUAAUUAUAAUUUUAAUUUUUUAAUGGCUUGUGAAGGUACUCGAUUUACUGAAAAGAAACGAUCAGAAAGUAUGAAAUAUGCUAAAGAAAAAAAUCUACCAGAAUUAAAAUAUCACAUAUUACCACGAACAAGAGGUUUUACUUUAAUUCUCCAAGGAGCUAAAGGAAAAAUACCGGGUGUUUAUAAUUUCAUGCUUGCAUUUACCAAAGAUAGUGCUUCACCAAAAUUCCGUACAUUACUUAAAGGACGUCGAUGUAAUGCUCAACUUUAUGUGAAACGUAUUCCUGUUUCAGAAAUUCCAUAUGAAGAUGAAAAGAAAUGUGGUCAAUGGUUACAAGAACUUUUUCAAGAAAAAGAUCGUAUCUAUGAUCAUUUUGUUCAAAAUGAUACAUUCGAUGGUCUCGGUUUACCAAAAGUAACAUUAAAUCGAACUUAUUAUGAUAUAUUAAUUGAAUGUUUUUGGCUUGUAAUAAUUGGUGUUCCAUCCUUGAAAUGGUUUCUUCAAUUUCUUCUAGUCAGUACUUGGUUUGCUAAGAUGAUGUUUGUAUUAGUUAUUAUACUUGGAUAUAAAUCAAUGAUGGGAAAAUAUUCUUUAACAAAAAGACGUCAUUCUCAUCAAUCAAAACUUCUUCAUACACAACAAGAAACAACAUUUCUAUUCAAUAAAAUUGAACAGACAAAUACUACAAUUCGUUUAAAACAUCGAACAAAUACAUUAUUUCGACCACUUGCCGCCUCAACACCAUACAAUAUUGAACAAUCAAAUUCAUUCAAUGACGGCUCCCCACAUUCUAUGAUGAGACAUCAACGAUUUGUACUAACACCACCUGUUUAUUGUAGUACACCAAAACAAACUCGUCGUCAAAUACCAAAUAAUAACAGUCAAGGACGAUCGACAUCCUUAACAUUAAAACAAAAAAUAUUUCUUGAACAAAAUCCAUCUGUACCAAUAAUAUCACAACGUCGAUUACAAUUCACACCUAAUUCACAAUCAUUCGUGCGAUAUUCAAAUGAUGAUUCGAAAAGAAAGAAUAUUAAGAAUAUAAAAAUAUGGCUUUUGUAA